AAUUAUACAAAAAUGAAAUACUUAGCUGCUUACUUAUUGUUGGUUAACGCCGGUAACGCCACACCAUCUGCCGCUGACAUCAAGGCUGUCUUGUCUGCCGCCGAUGUCGAAGUCGAAGAAGAAAAGGUUGAAAAGUUGAUCGCUGAAGUUGAAGGCAAGACUGCUGAAGAAUUGAUCGCUGAAGGUAACGAAAAGUUGUCUUCUGUCCCAACCGGUGCUGCCGCUGGUGCUUCUGCUGGUGCCGCUUCCUCUGGUGCCGUUGCCGAAGAAGCUGCUGAAGAAGCCGCUGAAGAAGAAAAGGAAGAAUCCGACGACGACAUGGGUUUCGGUUUGUUCGAUUAGAGAAACAAUAUGCUUCUUUUACGUCAUUACAUCCUCCUUAAUAUAUAUUAGUUUUACGUCCAACGUCAAAUGAUUGUAUAAUAAUAGAAUACUUCAUU